AUGUUAUCUUUUCAAGGUCUUCCUGAACAGAGGAUAAUUGAUGGUGUUCAAACAGACAUUUCAUCAUUCCCAUAUGCGGCUGUUCUUCUGCGCUACGACUCCAACACCGGCACCUACGUACAACAAUGUGGUGGCGCAAUUAUUAAUAAUAGAUCGGUGCUGACAUCAAUUACAUGUAUAUACAAUGAUUCUCCAGAAAACUGGAUUAUCAGAGUGGGAUCAUCGCUCGCAAAUAGUGGCGGACAGGUUCUCAAUGUCGAUAGUUUUAUAAUUCAUCCGGAUUAUGACUUCUUCAGCAAUGACAAUGAUGUCGCUAUUAUGAGAACUCAAAACUUUAUAAGCUACGGUCAAAAUGUCAACCGUGUUCCAAUCGCUGGCAGCAACUACAAUCUCAGUGAUAACACAUUGGUCACAAUUAUGGGAUGGGGUGCUAUUAGAUACGAAGGACCCAAAUCAAACCAGCUGUUAAAGGCUGACCUACUGACAAUAAAUCAUGAGACCUGCAGACGAAACUAUAACAUCAUUGCUGUGCAACUAACUCAGAACAUGCAGUGCGCAGGCCACAUAGAUGGUGGUGCUGAUUUUUGUGAAGGAGACGUUGGUAAUCCUUUAGUUCACCAAAACGUGCUGAUCGGUAUCGCGUCGUUCCGCACACCCAUCUGCGGUAGACGCAAUUACCCUGGAAUAUACACAAGAAUUAACCGAUAUACUAGCUGGAUUCAGAACAACGCCAAUGAUUCUCCAGAAAACUUGAUUAUCAGAGUGGGAUCAUCGCUCGCAAAUAGUGGCGGACAGGUUCUCAAUGUCGAUAGUUUUAUAAUUCAUCCGGAUUAUGACAUCUUCAGCAAUGACAAUGAUGUCGCUAUUAUGAGAACUCAAAACUUUAUAAGCUACGGUCAAAAUGUCAACCGUGUUCCAAUCGCUGGCAGCAACUACAAUCUCAAUGAUAACACAUUGGUCACAAUUAUGGGAUGGGGUGCUAUUAGAUACCAAGGACCUAAAUCAAACCAGCUGUUAAAGGCUGACCUCUUGACAAUAAAUCAUGAGACCUGCAGUCGAAACUAUAACAUCAUUUCUAUGGAAGUAACUCAGAACAUGCAGUGCGCAGGCCACAUAGAUGGUGGUGCUGAUUUCUGUGAAGGAGACGUUGGUAAUCCAUUGGUUCACCAAAACGUGCUGAUCGGUAUCGCGUCGUUCCGCACACCCAUUUGCGGUACACGCGGUUACCCUGGAAUAUACACAAGAAUCAACCGAUAUACUAGCUGGAUUCAGAACAACGCGUAA